CCAUCUCCAUCUACCACCCAACCCUCACAAUCUCCUAAACUCCUUCCACCAUGCUGGUCUCCUUGACAGUCGGCAAGGUAGAUGCCGGCGUCGCCGUGCUCCUUACCCAGGACAACCGCCUUAUCGAAUUUCCUUCAGUCCUCCUCCCGAACAACAUCUCAUCCGGCAGCAUCGUCGACAUCACCGUUGCGCGCAACCACGCAGCUGAGACCGCCAACACAUCUGCCUUCCAGUCCCUCCAGAAGCGCAUCUUGAAUACCUACGGUGUGAAGACCCCGUCGCCGCCUGUUCUCCGCCUGCGCAACGCUACUCAGACCUCACUCGUCCUCGAGUGGGACCCAAUCGACCUGGCAACCGCGUCCUUGAAAUCACUCUCACUCUACCGCAAUGGCUCCAAGGCUGGCUCGAUACCCCGUCCCCUGGAGACACGCAGCACUAAGAUUUCCGGCCUGGCGAUACACUCCGAGUACACUUUCCACCUCGUCUUGCGCACAACCGCUGGUACCUACCAGUCGGAGAAGCUGACUUGUCGGACACACAAAAUGACCGACCUGUCCGGUAUUACCGUCACCCCUGGAGUUCUCGAUCCGCAGCGCAAGGAAGCUUUAGGAACCGCUCUGGACCGCAUUGGCGGCAAGAUGAUUGACUCGGUCCGGAUUGACACUACACACUUUGUUUGCACCGAGGGUCGGGGCCCUUUGUGGGAGAAGGCUGUGGAAAUGAACAUUCCCGUUGUCGUUCCAGAGUGGGUAGACGCGUGCGAGUCUGAGGGCACGAUUGUCGGCGUGCGCGGCUACUAUCUCGGUGCGGACCCCAAGGCCCGCCAUCUCAGCACGAUCCACGGCGCUUCCCACCAAAGGACCACCUCCACCCUAUCUACUGCAACACUCGCCAACCAGAGCCGACCUAGUGAACAACUCCAGUCUCCUCGGCGGGAAGACCAGAUUCCUGAAGAACCGCCUCUGACGCCUUUCCCUGGGGGCGAGACAAGCGGUCAACCGCAAGCACAGACACAGGAGGUUGGAUCGGAAGAUGAAGACGAGGCGCCCCCUCCACCGCCACCCAAGGACGAGUCUGACAAGGAAGAGGCACCCGUUUGGACAAAUGGCGACUCGGAGCCUGUACCUGGAUCAGAAGAGAAAGCGGGUGAACCAGAAGAAGCUUCAGAGAGCAAAGAAGACGAAAGCAAGGAGACUACAUUCCCGCAGCACAUGCCCGAAGGGGACACUUCAUCGACAGAUACUCAAAGCUCCAAGAGCAAAGGCAAAGAGGGCGAAGGCGACUUCAACGAAGUUCCCCUCUAG